AUGAAGAUGCUAACUAAAUUUGAGUCAAAGUCCACAAGGGCUAAGGGGAUUGCAUUCCAUCCUUCUAGACCAUGGGUCCUUGUGGCUUUGUUUUCUUCUACCAUUCAAUUAUGGGAUUACAGAAUGGGUACUUUAUUACAUAGAUUUGAAGGGCACGAAGGUCCAGUUCGUUCUGUGGAUUUUCAUCCAACUCAGCCAAUUUUUGCUUCUACCGGUGAUGAUUCUACAAUUAAGAUUUGGUCUUUAGAUACCAAUAAAUGUUUGCACACUUUCACUGGCCAUUUGGAUUACGUUCGUACCGUUUUUUUCCAUAAUGAAUUACCAUGGAUUAUCUCAGCAUCUGAUGAUCAAACUAUCAGAAUUUGGAAUUGGCAAAAUCGUAAAGAAAUUGCAUGUUUAACUGGUCACAACCACUUUGUUAUGUGUGCUCAAUUUCAUCCAACAGAGGAUUUAGUCGUUUCUGCCUCUUUAGAUGAAACUGUUAGAGUUUGGGAUAUAUCUGGUUUAAGAAAAAAGCAUUCUGCUCCAAAUACUACAAGUAUGGAAGAUAUUAUGAACAACCAACAAAAUUUACUAGAUGGUGGAUUUGGUGAUUGUGUAGUAAAAUUUAUUUUGGAAGGUCAUACCAGAGGUGUUAACUGGGCCUCUUUUCAUCCAACUUUACCUUUAAUUGUAUCUGGCAGUGAUGAUCGUCAAGUGAAAUUAUGGAGAAUGAGUGCUACUAAGGCUUGGGAAGUAGAUACUUGUAGAGGUCAUACAAAUAAUGUUGUUAGCGUUAUUUUCCAUCCACAUCAAAAUCUAAUUCUUUCUGCAGGUGAAGACAAAACUUUAAGAGUAUGGGAUUUGGAUAAGAGAAUUCCAGUAAAACAAUUUAAGAGAGAAAAUGACAGAUUUUGGUUGAUCGCUUCUCAUCCUCAUAUUAAUUUAUUUGGUGCUGCUCAUGACUCAGGUAUUAUGAUUUUCAAGUUAGAUCGCGAAAGACCAUGUUCCACGAUUCACCAAAAUCAAUUGUUUUAUGUGAAUAAAUCUAAACAAGUUCAAUCUUUUGACUAUCAAAAGAAAGUUACUUCUUUGCCUUAUGUAUCUCUAAAGGGCAUUGGACAAACUUGGAGCGCUUUCAGAAAUAUAUCUUAUAAUCCAUCUCAACAUUCUCUGUUAGUAAACCAACCAGAUGGUAAAUUUGCGCUUGUAUUGUUACCAAAACAACCCUCUGGUGCAGUUGAGCCCACUAGUGUAACUGAGGAUAAUGGCAGUUUUACUACGUUUGUGGCUCGUAACAGAUUUGUUGUUUACAACAAAAAUGCAGGUGGUAUUGAGGUUCGUACAUUAGAUAACAAAGUGACUAAAACUUUGAAAAUUGAGGAAACAGUCAGAGAUAUUGCUAACGCAGGUCCAGGAACUGUUUUGUUGUUUCACCCAAAGUCAGUAGUUUUAUUUGAUGUUCAACAAGGUAAGAAAUUAGGUGAGAUUGCUGCAAAGAAUGUGAAAUAUGUUACUUGGUCAAAUGAUGGUCAAUACGUGGCUUUGAUGAGUAAGCACACUAUUACAAUUGCUACCAAGAGAUUAGAAAGUAUCAAUUCUAUGCAUGAAACCAUUAGAAUUAAAAGUGCUGCUUGGGAUGAAUCUAAUGUUUUAAUUUAUUCCACUUUGAACCAUAUUAGAUAUUCUUUAUUGAAUGGUGACAGAGGUAUUAUUAAGACUUUGGAAGAUACUCUAUAUAUUACUAAAGUUCAAGAUAAAUUUGUUUAUACAUUAAACAGAGAAGGUGAAAUCGAAAUUGUUACUAUUGAUCCAACUGAGUAUCGUUUCAAGAGGGCAUUAAUCAACAAAAAUUUCCCAGAAGUUUUGAGAUUGAUAAAAACUUCAAACCUGGUUGGUCAAAAUAUUAUCUUUUACUUACAAAAAUCCGGUUAUCCAGAAAUUGCAUUACAAUUUGUUCAAGAUCCACAAAUUCGUUUUAAUUUGGCUAUUGAAUCUGGAAAUUUAGAAACUGCUUUAGAAGAAGCAAAGAAAAUCGACAAUAAAGCUACGUGGGAUAGAUUAAAUGUAGAGGCCUUGGCGCAAGGUAAUUUUGAAUUAUCUGAGAUGAUUUAUCAAAAUCAAUGUUCCUUUGACAAGUUAUCAUUCUUAUAUUUGUUAUCUGGUGAAAUUUCAAAGUUGAGUAAGAUGGAAGAUAUUGCAACUAGUCGCGAAGAUGUACCAAGUAUGCUAUUGAAUUCUAUUUAUAAUAACAGUACUGUUUCUAGAGCUAAUAUAUUUGCUGAAUCUGGUAGUUUAUCAUUGGCUUAUGCAAUUGCUAAAGCCAAUAAUAAUGAGCAAGCAGCUGCGGCAUUUUUAGAACAGGCAGGUAUUGAUGAACAAGAUUGCGUUCUUCCAGACACCAUAAACACUUCUAACUUAAUCAAGUCACCAGUUAUAUCGGAGCCUUUGUCAAAAUGGCCAUUGAGAAAGGCUGAAUCAUCUUAUUUUGAAAAAGCUCUGGUUGGUGAAUUUGAUGAGUUAGACAUUGAAGAUGACCAAGAAGAAAGCGGAAAUGUUACUUCUGCUAAUGCAGGUUCAACCGUACAGGAUGAAGAAGAAGGAGUUUUAUUUAAUGAUGAAGUAAUUGAAGACGACGUUGAUGCUUGGGAUAUGGGUGAUGAAGAUCUAAUUAUUGAUGAACCAGUUGAUAAAGAUGAAGAAAGCACUACAGCUCCAAUUUCAACAGAAGAUGAAAUUACAGAAACUGCAAUUUGGGUCAAAAAUUCUAAAUUGCCAGCCGUUUUGGCUGCCUCUGGUGCUUUUUCAGCUGCUGCUCAAGCUUUGAAUAAACAAGUGGGUGUGGUUAACUUCGAGUUAUUAAGAAAGUACUUUGUAGAAACAUAUGAAGGUGCUAGAACAUAUAUUGCAACUACACCAAGUGAGCUGCCGGCAAUUGAAGGGUUCAUUCGUUCUGAUGCAGAUGCUGAGUCGGAGACUGAUAUAUUACCACGUUUAAGUAAUGUCGGUAUUAUCACUGAGAAGAUGAAUGAGGGUUACAGACUAUUCAAAGCUAAUAAAUUGGAACAAGCCAUUGAAGUUUUCCGUGAUGUUAUUUACAGAAUAAUGUUAUUAGCUGUAAAUAAUGACGAAGAUGUUGAAAUUGUAGCAAAGACUUUAGAGAAGGCAAAAGAAUAUAUUUUAGGAUUAUCGAUAGAAUUGAAACGUCGUUCCUUAGCUAAUGAUGAUGUUAAACGUAGUUUGGAACUUGCUGCUUAUUUCACCAAAGCCAAAUUAGUUCCAAAUCAUAGGAGUAAUGCUCUUCAAGUUGCUAUGUCUCAGAAUUUCAAGCAUAAGAAUUUUGUUCAAGCAUCAUAUUUUGCAGGUGAGUUCCUAAAGGUUAUCACAACAGGGCCACGUGCGGAUCAAGCUCGUAAGAUUAAACAAAGAGCUGAUUCUAUUGCACAUGAUGCUAUUGCAUUAGAUUUUGAUCCAUAUGCGGAAUUUGAUAUUUGUGCUGCCACUUACACACCAAUAUAUAAAGGGACACCUUCUGUUGCUGAUCCACUAACUGGUGCAAAGUAUCAUGCAACAGAGAAAGGUAAAAUUGAUAAUAUUGCACUAGUUUCAAUAAUUGGUGCUCCUGCUUCUGGUUUAAGAAUUGCUUUGUAA